GUCCUUCUCGGCGGAGGCGUCCACGGUGAUGGCCUCCGUCGACACCCACGCCGGCGCGCCGCCCCCGCCGCCCGUGCCCUGGCCGUGGCCGUGGCCGUGGCCGGACCCCGUCCCCGCGGCGGGGGGCGGCGCCGGCGCGGAAGCGCCGACGGUGGCGGACGUGGAGGUAGGGCCGGGCGGGGAGGCCAACGAGGAGUGGCUGGCGCGGCUGCUGGCCUGCGGCGGGCCCCUGCUGGAGGGCGUCCUGCUCCUGUAGGUUGUAGCCCGCCGCCUCGCGAGCGCCUAGCCGGUAGAGAGCGCCAAGUAGCGGGUAGGCCCCAGUAGGAAGUAGCCUUUUUUGGACGCUUGUACAGUGGCCGGUGGGUGGUGGUUCGUUUUGGCGCGGCUCGCUCCGUCGCUCUCAACAGUCCUGUCCUGUCUCGGCAUUGGGCGCGUCAGGUCUCGGUCUCGUCUGGCCACCGGCUUCCCUCACCGAUGAUGCGAUGGGAUGCAGAAACUGGAAGCCAUGGAUCGAUGGUUGGUUGGUUCUCCA